AUGAGCACUACACCUAUCCAGGAACCCCCUACCCAGGGACUGUCCUCUGGGAGUGGGCAGACCUUACCCUCCCGACCCCUGCAGCUCUCGUCUGACCCUUCAGCUUCUAAAAGAGUAUGUUUCUACAAAAGCGGUGACUAUCAGUUUGGAGGGCAUCGAAUGGUCAUCAAUACCCGCACCUUUAAGACCUUUGAUGCUCUACUGGAUGUUCUUUCCAAGAAAGUGCCUCUGGCAUUUGGAGUGAGGACUAUCACCACACCCCGGGGGACUCACCUUGUUAAGGCAUUAGAUGACUUACAUGAUGGAGGUGCUUAUGUGUGCUCUGACCAGAAACGUGUGAAGCCAAUAAAUCUGGAUGAAGUGAACCGGCGGCAGGUACCUUGGAAUACUACCAGACCACUCAGUGCAGGGCGACGGCGGCGGCCAGCAAAGGUCACUGAAAGGGUGGCAGUACGGACACCAAAGAGGCUUAUGGUCAUCAAGAACAGGGAUCCAAGUGUUAAACGCACAAUUGUUUUGCAGAGAAGAACAGCUCCAACAUUUGAUGCGUUGCUGGAUUACCUAUCGCAGAUCCUGCAGUUCCCAGUGCUGAAACUCUACUCUACAGAUGGCAGAAGAGUUGAUGGUCUUGCUGCUCUCAUCUUGUGCUCUGGAGUUGUUGUGGCAGCGGGCAACGAGCCUUUCAGAUUAGCAAACUAUAGUUUUCACAGAACAGGCCAGAUGGCACAGGCCAUGUUCCUGGAAACUGCUGAACCAUCAAUGUUACAACCUAGAGCACAGAAGAAAAAGUCUUUCUCGAGCGGACGAGGAUCAAGGAACUUCUCCGUGUCAUCAGAGCGAUAUAUUGUGAACCAGAUAAACGAGUCUCAAAAUGGCCACCUGCAUCCCCACAAUGGAGUACUUGAAGCAGAAGCCAAUCAGCAUCACACAUCUAUGGAGAUGUCCGGAACUGGCAGGGAAGAUAACGUGAAUCAAACCUGCGUCGUACCUCACGAUGAUGACAUUGAAAAGUCUUUCCGCGUGAAUCAAGAUGGCAGCAUGACUGUGGAGAUGAAAGUUCGUCUGACCAUUAAGGAGGAGGAGAUGCUCCACUGGACAACCACACUCAGCCGCACCAGCCUUAGCAAGAGGGCAGCUUGUGCCUCAAUUUCUGAGUCAGGCAACCGCUCCCCUGACUCGAACAAUGUCAUUCCCAAAGACUCCUCUAGUAUCAGCGAGGAAGAAACGAAAGAGGAGAACUUUCCCUCCGCAGCUGGAAAAGGCGUCGGCUUUAAUGAUGAGCGAACAUGUGAAGGAUACACUUCAACAGCUACGAGAAAAGCAAAAAAAAGUGUCAAACGCACUCCCACACCUGGUCCUCGACAUGUUAAUAAAAAGGCGUCUAUUGAGAGUGUGAAGAGGGUCACAGAGUCAGGGGUGCAAGAGAGCAUGCUGGGACAUUAUUCCUAUGUGGAAAGGACAGCCGAUGGCGAAACAACGGAGGGAUACUGCCUUGUCAAACACAGCAGCAGCAGCAGCAAUAGACCCAUCCCAAAACCUCGCAAAACAGCAUCCGCAGGAAUGAGCAACAAAUGCACCCCCUCCUCCAUCAGGUCAUCAGGAGUUGCUGAGGUCCUUCAGAUACAGAAUAAUGGGAUGGAGUUUAGAGAGACUGUGAUGCAUAUUUAUGAGACCCAAGGCUGCUAUGACAACUAUUUGGCGAAUCAGGAAUAUAGUGUAGAUGGCGUUCCUUUACAUGGCUCCCCUCCAGCACCACAAAGUAAACAGUCGACUGACUCAGGGCCUCAUUCAUCGAGUAAUGAUUGUGAUAUAGAUUGUAGCUGGCAGCCACCCACUGCUGACUCACUGCAAAGGCAGAAAGAGGAGAUGCUAUCACUGUCAUCAGAGCCAGUAUCUCUGACACAUGAGAAUACAAACAAUCUGUCUUCACCGAGUGAAAACGAAACCAAGAGAAACCUUCAAAUUCUAGAGAGAGUAAAACUAGACAACACUCCAAAAAGCACGACGAAGAAAAAGAUGACUACAUCUGCCAGGAGCCAGAAGAGUUCAACUUCAACAAGUAACACGGAUAAAAAACCGAAGGAAAGCCUAAUCAGCCCCUCAAAAGAUAGCAAGCAUUCAUCUGCUGACAAGCUAAGCAGUAAGGUCAGUGUGGGGAAAAGGAGUGUGAAUUCUUCUGAAAGUGCUAGAAGUGGUCAAAAGAGUAAAGGAGCAGAAAAGAAAGCAGAAAGUCUCCAAUCUAAGAAAUCCAAUAAAGGUGAAAAAACACCAACAAAGAGCUCAGCCUCAUUAGUUAGAACAGCACCACAGAGACAAAACACAAGCAAAGAAGCUGCUAGCGAUAUUGGCCACAAUGUAAAUACUCCAACUGGAAGGCCACAAAUGAAAAAGAACAUGUCAGACAUUUUGCAACCCAACAAAUCUCUUACUAAAAAGACAACUAGCAAGCCAAAAUCCAUGCCUGAAAGCGGAAUAUCACCAACAAAACCGCUUGUUUCGAUGCCUUCUCUCGAUCCUUCACCCUCCGAGAUCCACCAAUAUGUUGAGAACUGGUUGGAGAAAGUCACCCCAGACCAAGUGCCAUAUCCAGAGGAGGUGAUCACAGAGGAAACACAACCUCGAACAAAGGUUAUAUUUCAGAUAGGCGGAGAUUCUGAAUCAGAUGAAAAAAAUGAAUGCCAUACUAAUUUUGAUGAAAAUAACCCAUCCUCCAAUGAUGUUAUAAAGGGAUCAUCAUCUUGUCUAUCAGUUCCUCUUAGCCACCAAGAACUAACAACAGUACAAGGUUUAAGUGUUUCUAUGCCAAAUGUCAGAGCUGACCUUGAACAUCAGGAGAACAGACUGAGGCCACACAAAUCUGCAGAGGCCAUCUGUCCAGCUGGCGAUGAAACAUCUUCAUCAUCUAACUUUUUGAGUCCCAAAGCAAAGAUAAAGCCUGCCCUGCAACAACUCUGUUCAUCUAUUCAGUGCAUCAGAAGAGCCUCUGACACCAACGUGGCAUCCAACCUUGAAAAAUCUAACAGCCUUCCCGAUUUCCCGACACAAGUAGCCUCGGUGUUUGGCUCGUCGUGUAAAGCCUUUGUGUCAUUCUUGUCAGUGAUGACUCUGAGAGAUCACCUCAUAGACUCCACACCACGAGAGGAUAAAAUAUCAAGAACCAAGUCAGAGGCGAUGCUAAUGAUGGAGUCCCUGCAGAAGAUUUCGGCCAUCGAGGACGAGGAAGAGCAGAGAGCAAGUCUGACUGAUUUGCAAAGCAGAGCAUCUUCUCGUUUAAGACAGAGCUGGAAGGAUUUCCAGAUUCUGAGGGAAAGGCUUGAAAGUGAACCCCUUUCUCCCAAAGUGUCAGAAACGGAGUUUGCGCUCGAUGUCGUCUCUGAAGGCGGCGAUGCAUUUGAGGAACAGCAUUCGGGCAUUGAUGAGCUGAUGGAGGAGCUGAGCAUGCCGCAAGACCUCAGGGAACAGAUCGCUUCGACAAUCAGAACUUUUUACCCUGUGGAAGAGAGCCAGUGUGUAGAGACUGAUCGAAACCAGUCAGACUCAGAGGAAGAUUUAGAGCAAUUUGUCCAGGACUGUAACGAUGAAACAAAACAAUCACUUGAGUCUGAUAGUCGAUGUGAAGAUUGGGAAAGAGAGGAAGAGGAAGAAGAGGAGCAAGAAGUAAAAUCAGGGGAAGUAAGUAGUGAAGAAUCUAUUGAUAAAGAAGAGGGAGGGGCAUAUGAAGAGGAGGAGACAAAAGAAGAAGAAAGUAGAAAAGAGGAACAACUAGAGGAGAAAAGAGAGGUGAAGAUUAAGGGGGAUGGAGAUACAGAAGAUGAAAGUGAAGGGACUGAAAAGGAAGAUGGAGAAAGGGAGGAAGACAGAGAAGAAGAGCCAGAGCAAUCAGAAUCAGACGAAGACAGUGGAGAGGGGUCUGUUGAUAAGGAGGAAGCAGGGGUGGAUGAAGAAGAGCAAGAGACAGAUGAAGAGGAAACAACAGAGGAAGUAGAUGAGGUGAACCAGCAAUAUAGAGAUAGAACAGACACAGAGGCCGAUAGUGAAGGGACUGAAAAAGAAAAUAGGGGAAGAGGGGAAGAUGGAGAAGAAAAGCCAGAGCAAUCAGAAUCAGAGGAAGUGAGUGAUGAGCAAUCUCUUGACAAGAAAGGAGCAGGGGCAGAUGAAGAGGAGGAAGAGAUGACACUGGAUGAAAGAGAGCUGGGGGAUGAAUUAGGAGAAGGAGAGGAAGAAGAGGCUGAUGAGACAGAUGAAGAUUUCAUGAAUGAGGACCCAACUCAGUAUAGUGCUGAAGAAACAGAUGAGAGAGAGGGUGCUGGGGAGACAGAGGAGGAAGAGAAGAUAAAUGAGAAGGUUUACGAGGAAGGUGAGGAAAAAAGCAGUGAUGGAGGGGAAAAUGAGGAGAGGCAUAAGGAGGAGAAAGAAGAUGAAGGUGACAAUGUGGAAGACACAAAUAAAGGGGGUGGAGUAGAAAAUGUAACUGUAGAAUUAGAGCAGGAGGAGGAAGAAAAUGAAGAGUUACACCUUGUUACAGGUGAUGUAGAGCAGGAACUACUGGAAGGUACUGAGGUAUCUGACGAUGAGGAAAAGAAAAUUGGGGAUGGUAUUGAGGCAGAUGAGGAAAAGGAGGUGGAAGCAGAAAUAAAUGCAGUUACUGCAACAGAUGCAGAGGAAAGUGUUAGUGAAAAUGCAGAUGAUGACAAGGAAAUGGAAGAAUUUAAUGAAGAUAGAAAUGAGCUAGAAGUUGAGGAUGAAAAGGAAACACAGCAAAUAGAAGAGGUUAGUGAGGGAAACAAUGAAGAGGAGGAGGAGGAGGUAGAAGAAGAGAGAGAACAAGAUGAAGAACAUGAGGACGAAGGUAGUGGAGAUUCUGUGGUUAAAAAUACAGAGGAAGAGAGAGCAAGGACAACAACAGACGAGGAAGAGGUAGACGGAGGAAGGGACAUGGACACAGAAGAUGAAAAGUAUGAUGAGGCUGAAGACAGGAGGAGAGAGCCGGAGCAAACAGAAAGUAGUCAGGAGGUAGAAUCAGCAGAAGAGAGAGAAUGUGGAGAAGAGUUAGAGAGGGAUGAAAAUCUGACAGCAGGUCAAACUGGAGAUGAAGAGGAGAGGGAGGAUGAUGAAGAGAAGGAGCCACAAGAGAAAUUAGACCAGGAAAAAAAACAAGGCACUGAAUCCCCAAGCAAAUACUCCUCUGAAGGUCAGUGUGCUGAUGACAAAGGUAACGGAACAGACACGGUUACUGAAACAGAUGAAGGAGGAGAGAUGCUUACAGAAAGAAGUGGCAGUUUAUCCCAUCCAGGGGAAAUAUCCCAGGAAUUACUCGACUUUGUGAACUAUGCCCUCCGGUCUUCUUCGCUUGUAUUCAUAUAUGACAAGGAUGGGAACAUUAGGAUAGAGCCUGAUAAUGCUCAGGUUGUAAAAACCAAGCAAAGUGUUCUUCUGAAAAGCAGAAAAGACAGUUCAUACGGCUUAAAAUGCCUGCCAAGCCCGAGCACCUCUGAUUUAUCUGAUUACAGACCAGAAACAUCAGAGAGCGGCAGCUAUAGAACUCAGGAGUCUGUAGAUAUUAUGUCAGAGAGUGGAGGAGAGGCUUCAGAGAAACCUUCUCCAGUCUAUACACAUUCAGCUGUCCAAGCUGAGAGGACAAGUCUGGAACUGGCUAGCUCAAAGUUGUCUGUUGCAAGUAACUCAGGAACCUUUCCUAGUUCCAGUGACUCAGGUACUAAAGCCUCAAGGGAGGAUCUUUCUUACUUCAGUGCAGCAAGCUCAUUAAAAGCAGAUCGUGAAGCCACCACACAGGCUGCACAGUGCAUUGCUUUUGUCUCACAAAACUCAGCAGAUGGGGUUUUGAUUGAUCAAGGCAGAUGGCUCCUAAAGGAGAACCAUCUCAUAAGAAAAUCUCCUCCAGUCUCGCUGGGAAUGUACAGCAAUUUGGACAGCACAUCCGUAGACACAGGUCAGGAGAACACUAGCGACGAUUCCCCGCCCCAUUUCAAAACUCAGCACAGUCCCCUUGCAGCCAUAUCCUCAUCAGAACUCGAGGAGAUGGCGAAGCCUCCGACUCCAAAGUGCAUCUACUACAACCUGCCACAUGGUAGCGACUCGGACCCCUUUUUAGAUGCUUCAAGUAUUAAAAGCAGUGAUCGAGGCAGGGGUGUCAGGGUGUCACCUACUAUUGACACAUCAAAAACCUGGGCAAAUAAAAAUGGCAGUCAGUCUUCCUUUGCCUCAGUGGAGUUCAGAAUCCCAGACAGAAAAGUUCAUCCCGAGGGCGAGUCAGCGGUUGUGACACAGCCAAGUAGGACAUCUGGUGGCGUAAGCCAUGUACUACAAGCACAAGACUCAAUGGACAAUCUGCAUUUGAGAUGUGGCCAAUACUGCCCCAUACUAUGAUAUUUAACAGAAUCAGCUGCUAGUAUCGACUGUGUUUGUUGUUUAAUGUCAUGCAACUUGAAAAAUUUGUUGUUUUAUCUGUAAAUAAUUAUGAACCAUGAGAGUUGUGCCUCUUAUUUGCAUUUGAAUACAGAAAAAAAAGUCUAAAUUUACGAUAUUUUUUGGUGCUGAAUAUCAGGUAGUGUUUGAUAGGAUAGAAGAAUGUAAACAAAUAAGACCUAUUUUUCUUCUCCCUCAAAUCUCUUGAAAAUCAUACGGGAAAUAAAAAAAAGGUCAUCUGUAAUAGA